UGCCUCAAUGUUUACUCAGUUUAUUUCGGCCAAAGUGUAAACAACUAUGGUGUAAUCGUUUUGAAGUUUUAUCGCCAACUUGUCCCAGCCAUAAAAAAUGAGCUCUUGAACACACCGAGUGAAGUGACCAGUUGCAUAAUUUUAUGGACCGUUGAGAAGGUUUUCUUUCAGAGAUUGACCAGUACAUAAGUCAAUUAGCCGCCGUCAAAACUAGGGCACACUGACUUUUCGGACAGAAAAAAAUUUGAAAUGAACAAAAAAGUUUAAAUAUUUAUUUAUUUUCUCAAAAACACCAAACACCAUUGCGAGGAUAAUCUGACAUGGUUUCAGAAGUAUGAGUGAAGAGGUUUGGACGCAACGAGGAAACAUGAUCGAGGAUGCACUGACCUCUAGGGGUCAUGGUGACCCAGGACAAGAUAAUCAGGUGCAAGACAGAGCUUUUUUCGAGGGCAAGAGUCACCCUCCACAAAGAGAAGAUGACCAGCAUCAAAAACGUUUCAAUGAUCCUGUCAGUCAAAGAAGCCCCAUGAUGCCCAUCAUAAAAAGGAAAGACAUUGUGUCUCCCCAAGAGGCUGAUACAGGUGAGAAAGUUCCAAGCAGAAGUAGCAGUCCCAGACCUGUUGGAUCAGACAUCUUCCUCCCAAAAUCUCACAACUCGCCCGGCAAAUCAGAACCUCACACUCCGGAAAAAUCGGAACGAUCCAGCCCGCCUUUUUUGGGACAAGGGAACCAGCAGCCAAAGAGAAAUCCAAGCCCCUCAGAACUUAAGCAGUCAUUUUAUCCCAACUAUCCUCCUAACCUACAAGAUUUUAAGUCAACCUUUGGAGGAGGGAGCUUCCCAAGUCCUGGUCUAGGGUUUCCUAAGACCCCCAACAGCCUAGAAGAGGAGGGACCCAGGGGUAACCCCCCUCUCCAGAGAAGCUUUAGCCUAUCGGACAGUUUCCACGAUGAUGAUUCCAAUUCUUCCGAGUCAUCAUUCCUGAAUCCUCAUACAGGCCAACCAAGUUAUAUUAGAGACCCCAACACUGGUCAAAUCACAUACCAACCCAACAAGGAGGGAAUAUACUUCUGUCACCUCUGCAGCUUCUCAGGAACAACUCGCUCCGAGUUUGAGGAUCAUAUGACAUGUCACUUUGAACACAUUUGUCCUCACUGUGAUUACAAGUCUCGAACAGAAGGUCGCCUCAAACGGCACAUCAAAGAUUUCCACACCGAAGAACCAGCAGACGGUUUUGGUUCCAAGCGCAACAUGGGAAGACCUAAAGUCUUUCGAUGCAAGCAGUGUGAUUUUGUCGCCACUGAAAAGAAUGACUUUUGGCAGCAUGCCCGAUCUCACAUUAAAGACGAGAAACUUUUGCAAUGUCCUCGUUGCGAGUUUGUCACCGAGUACAAGCAUCACCUUGAAUACCAUCUCCGCAAUCAUUUUGGAUCCAAGCCCUUCAAAUGCAACAAGUGCAAUUAUUCCUGCGUGAACAAAUCCAUGCUGAAUUCACACAUGAAGUCCCACACUAAUGUUUACCAAUACCGCUGUGCUGACUGUACCUAUGCCACCAAAUACUGCCACAGCCUGAAGCUCCACCUGCGGAAAUACAACCACAAACCAGCAACCGUCCUGAAUAGUGAUGGAAGUCUUCCCCAGGGAAUCGAUGCUGAGUCUUCAGGAUUAUCCCUGUUACAAAAGAGAGGUCCACCUAGGGGACCAAGGGGACCCAGAAAGGAAAAGUUUGAUCCAUUUGUGGGUCAGUUUAUGUUGCCUCACUCAAUGCCCGGAAUGGCCCCUACUAUGAGUCCAGGGAUGAUGUCUCCAUUCUGGCCUCUGCUUAAUCAAGUACCUAACGGUUUGCCUCCUCAUCACCCCAUGAUUCCAACAUCUCUCAGUGCUAAGCUACCUCCUCAUCUUAAUCAAAAUAAGAUGAUGCCUUCAUCACCAUUUGGCUUUAGGCCUCUCAUGCCAGGAAACAUGGGGACACCAUUCAAAUGCAGCCUCUGCUCAUUUGCAACAGACAUUCAACAAGAUUUGCUGCGCCAUGUCAUGAAAGUCCAUGCAUCCGAAAACUCAGACCUCUUUUCUAUUUUCGGAAUUUCCUCAGAAGCCUUGCUGGAGGAACAAAACAGAAAGAUGAAUUUUCUUUCUCAACAACAACAAACACCAUUUAGAGAAUUAACCACUCCUGAGAAAUCCAUUCCAACCUCAGCUUAUCUUCAUGUUAAAACAGAACAACCCACUUCAGAGAGUUCCAAAUCAAGUCCCAAUUCCUGGCCUCAUCUUUCGCCACCUCACAGCAAGCACAACCCAGAAAGCAGACCCACUAGUCACUAUAGCAUGCCAGAUAUGAGCGUCAGUUCUUAUCUUAAUGGCAAUACUAGUCCCAAAGAGGCAGAUGCACCAGAAGGAGAGGAUAUUAUCAAGCAAAUGAUGAAUAAGUUUGGAUCAGGUGUACCUAUUGAAAAGUCCCAAUCUACUCCAAAACUGCAGCUAGAAAGACCAUUCCGUGAAAGUCCACUUGAUCUCACAAAACCAAGAUCUCCUUCAGAUGACAUUGAUGAUGCUGGCAUAGAUGGAGGGAACUUGUCUAGUGGGGAGAACUCCACCACAACUGAAAAUGUCAUAAACAGAAAACGAUCUCGCAAAGGUAAAGCUUUCAAAUUGGACACACUCUGUCUGAAACUACAAGAGAAGCAAACAGAUGCAGAGGGAGAAGAUGGAAAUAACUCAGGCAUGGAAGACAUGGAAGAUGAAUUGCAAAUUGAUGAAAUGGAUGAUUAUGAAAACAUGGAAACCAAUGAGGACAAACAGAUAAAAGAAGGAGAACCAAUUUAUGGAAACAGCAAGCCAUUGACAGAUCUUGAAAGGUUUGAACAAAUGAGAAAAUUUGCUGAAGCUGCAAGUCCACCACAUAAUUUUGAGAGAAAUUCCUCAUCCCCACCAAAUGAAUCAAUUUCUGAGAAUGAAACAAAGGAGAAAGUAGAUCCAAGUGAAGAACAGAUUGAUCCCAAGGAGUUCAUCGAGAAGAUGAACAAUUUGUCUGAGGAUGUUCCUCAGGCCGUUAGACGAGGAACAGAGCUGGCCUGGAAGAUCAUCCAAGACACCACAGGGGGACCUCCACCCAUCAACAAUGGGACCUCUAAUGGCCUCCACAAAAACGAAGAUGGCAAGCAAUUCCCUGUCUCACAUGAUGGGAAUCUUUUCACAACUAGUACACCUAAGGACAAGAAUGGACACAAAAGUGCAAAGUAUGAAUGUCCUUAUUGUGAGAUUGCAUUCAGAGACUGUGUCAUGUACACAAUGCAUAUGGGUUACCAUGGUUACAAGGACCCAUUUAAAUGUAAUAUGUGUGGUUACCAUGGGCAUGAUAAAGUAGAGUUUUUUCUUCACAUUGCAAGAGAAGCUCACAAUUAAAAGAAAACAGAUUUCCAACCUUAGAAAAAAAACAACAUUUACAUGUCCAAAAGGUAUCUUAUGAUUUGGAAAUAGUGGAGUUUCUUUUAGUGCUAUUUCUUUAAUAUUUUGCUGUUGCAUUUUAAUGAUGCUACUUAUUUUUAUUGGCUAAAAUUUGAAUUCUAAACUUGGUUUUGGGACCAAAGCACUCUUUUGGAGAAAAGAGUUGACGAGGUGCUGAAUUGUUAAUGUAGUGCUUUCAUUAGUUUAUCUUUUUUUAUUAAAAGAAAAUGAUUUGAUCCCGGUUUCAAGAAUUUUAAAGACUAGUCAUUUUUUCCUAAGUACUGAUAAUGGUCAACAACAAAGCAAUAUGUAUUCCUUUACCAAUUUUUUGGCUUGUCUAUGUGCGAGAAGUUUAAUCUAACUUAUUAUGCUGUUUUAAGAAAAAAUACAUUCCUCAAUUAAAUGUAGAACUUGUUGAUAGCUUUAUAGCACCUAAAACGUGUUAGAAUUUUACAAUAUUCUCUUAUUCAAGUUUGCAAGUGUAUGUUAUAUUAUUUCAUGUCUGUUAAUAUUUUUUAUUCAGAAAUGUGCUCAGUGCAAAAUGUGCUACACACAACACUCCUGCACAAAAUGUGCUCCAUCUUGUUAUAAAAUUUUAGUCAAUAAGUUUUGUUUCCAUAUUUAUGUAUUUUUUUUAAAUGAUGACUGAUUAUCAAAAUCAGCCUGUUUUGAUACCCUUGAUAUUUUUUACAUGGCUUUGUAAAGACCAUUUUUAUACAGUGAAAAAAAAAAUCAUCACCCAUUUUAAAUAUAACUGUAAUCGCCACUUCUUUGUGCAAUAAAAUAUUUUUGUAAAUAUUUGUAACCUUUAGUACAUAUUGCAUAACAAUAUCUUUAGUCGAAAGGAGGACAAAUACAAGAUAAUUGCAUCACUUAAAAACAUUAUCGCCACGGACCUCUUAGUUAAUGAAUGUAAUCAUUGAAUGAUGUAUUUAUCGAAUAUUUGUUCAGUUUAAAGUUGUUGGGGUUUUUUUUUUCAAAUGUAACUCAGGGAUUCACUUUGUGUAGUGAAAAUGUACCAAGUUUAAUGAUGCUCUUGCCAUGUGGUAUUUACAGUACCUCCUGCUAUCACUUUUUAAAAUAUUUUUUUCUUUGGAAUUCCCAAAGUCAUCAAUUUGUUUGCUGUAUUUAAGGUACACCUGCACCCACUUAAACAGUUUUUUGGGGGGGAAUUCCCAAAGUCAUUGAUUUGUAACGUUUUAGUCUAUUAUCUUUGUAUGAAAGUUUGCCAUUAGCCAUUAAUUUUGUAAAAUUUGUUAAAAUUAGUUCUUUUUGUUAACAUAAAUCAAAUAGAUUUAUUCAGUGUAGAUCCGUAGUCAGUUAAAGUUUCUGAUCAUAUGUUUUUAACUUAUAUGUAUAAUGUGUAUCAUUUGAUUGUAGUUCCUUAAAAUUGUACAUAGUUUCCUUUAUAUAUAUAUAUUCCUGACCAGCAAUAUUCUUAUUGUGUCUAGAACUGAGAUAUUUUUGAAAUCCAUUUAGUAUCAUAUAUUUGUAGUGCAUGUAUCGUGUAUAUUUAAAUUGUCAGACACAUACAUGGGUCCUUGACAUCUAAAGGAUUCUUCGUGUAAAACAGCAAUAACUUUUGUAAAUAUUAGUACAUGUAGCAUGUUGUAGUGGGCAUUGAGAGGCAAAUCUCACACAUGUAUGUAUAUUUUGUAAUUGUUACCCAUUGUCUACCUCAAAAGCUAUGGUCCAUCAUGGCUCCUGUAGAUUAAAUUUGAUUUGUAUUAUGUAACGUAGAUAUACAUCUAGUUUAUCUUUGGAAUAAAUUUCUUAACAUCAAGUUUCUAUCCAGGAAAUAGAUUUAUUUUCUAGAAAUUUCAAGUCAAAGAUUCAUCUCCCCUGAAUUUAGUUCUACCCCCCUCCCCCUUCCAAAAAACAAAACAAACUACCUCCUGAUAUUAAACAUUGCCAGAAAAGACAUGCAUUUUAUGAAUGUUCAGAAAAUUGUUUUAUAAUGUCUGUUGUUUUGAAGGUCAUUUUAUAUUGUAAACUACCCAUUCCGUUUGCAAUAGCAGAUACGGAGGAAGUUUUGUUGUAAAAUCUUGAAUAUUAAACACAAUUUUAAAAGGAUUGAACAGGUAUCAUACGAGAUACAACUUCUUGGUACAUGAAACAUUUUUUGUAAUUUUUUGUGGUAGAAUAUAUUCACAUGUACUAUUUGUAUCAUGUUUAAUUAUAUCCACAUUCAUUUGAUAUUAUUUAUUCCAUUCUCUCUGCAAGGCCAUUCUUAUAUUUUCUUUUCAUUGUCAUUUAUUUAUUUUUUUUUGUCAUUUAAUCUUUCCAAUUGAAUAACAAUAUAUUCUACAAAAAUCAAUCAUCCUUAACUAUUACAAGUCUUUGAACAGUCGUAAAUUCAAUUAACACUGAAGGUGUUUGCAAAUGGAACUAAAAUGUACUAGCAGUGAAAAAAAAGUUUAUAAAUCUUAAGAAUUUAUUAAACAAAUUAAGAUAACAGUAAAGACAAAGUACUAAGAGUAGAGACAGAUUUCAUUUAAAGUUUGACUAAGAAUAAAUUUAAAGAUUGAUGUACCCGAAGCCUGUUAUAAGUUUCAUAAUUUACAUUUUUUAACCUCAUUUUACUCAGUUUUUGUAAAAAUGUUCCACAUUCCAGACUAGGAAAUCUUGCCAUCGAUGAAAACUCACUAAAAAAUUCAAUUACAGGUAUAUUUAAAGUUUUGAGAUGAUUGAAGACUGACGCUGUUCAAUAUUUAUUUUGUUGUUUGCUCUCAUUGGUUCUGUUAAAGACAAGCCUUUUUUUGUAUCAUUUAAUUGUCCGUGAUUUGUGUAUUAAUUAAGUGGUAUCAAUAAAACUAAUCCAAUCAAUA